UUUUCCCAAGAGAGAAGCAGAAGAAGACUGUAAUUAAUAUUCCUCCUAUUUUGAUCUUGCGUAAGAUAGAUAGAUUUUACACAAUAUCUUAUCUCCCAAAAACCCACCAACAAAAGAGAAAGAAAAUUUCGCAUAAUUCUUUGGUUUGUCCUUCCUCUCUCUUUCUUACACUUUCUCUCUCAAUCUGUUUUUUCUUUGAUUUGCUUUUCCUACCGGAAAAAAGGUUCUUUCUCUCCUGACAACCAAACGGAAACCGAACCCCAAAAAUAAACCCCUCGCGUUUUUACUCAUCAGACAAAUAGCCUCCCCAUUUUGAUUCUGUCCUCCAUUGUUGCACCAAAAAAAAAAAAAAAAAGCUCCGACCUCCUUCUUACCCAAUCCGGAGAGGGUUCGGGUGGGAGGGUUGUGAAAUUUUUAUUUUUGUUGAUUACCCUGAAUGAAUUUCGACUAUUGGAUUUCUGGGUAGUAGAGAAAUCUAGUAGAGGAAUUAAGGGACAAUCGUAACUUUUUUUUUUUUUUGUGGGAUUGGGAUUGAUCGGUGGUGGGUUUGUUUCAAGUCGGACGAUGAAACCGGGGACGGUGGAUUACUGGAGGGACUAUUUCCGAGCAGCGAAUUCAGACAUCUUCGAGAUAAUCGACCAUGCUAUCAUGGUGGCGGCCGCCGAUUGCCCCAAGGAGUUCCGGCAGCGGAGGGAUCGAAUAGCUGAGCGAUUGUUCUCCUGCCGAUUGGCCCAAUGCUCCGGCUGCAACCGCGUGGAGCUGGCGGUGCCGCCGCCGGAAGGUGACCAAGUAAUCCCCAAUAAGAUUAGGGAAGACGGUGGCGGCGGCAGCGACGGGAACGCGGUCGAGGAGGAGGAGGAUGAUGACGAGGAGAUUGACAUAUUGGGCGACUUCGAUGAAGAAGAAGAAGGCGGUGGGAGUAAUAAAGAGAGUAAAGUCAAUAGUAGUACUGAUAAUGGAGAUCAGCUGGUGAGUAAUUACAGCUAUGGCGAAGCUGAAGCUUUAACGGAUGAGCUUGAAGAACAGUCUCAGGUGUUUGCUGAAGUUCAAAGGAUCAAAUCCCUUCUUCUGAAUCACCGUGACGAGGCCGAAUCAACGUUGUUUGAUUCACUGAGGAGGCUUCAAUUGAUGGCUUUGUCUGUAGAUACUCUUAAGGCAACUGAGAUUGGUAAGGCUGUGAAUUCUCUGAGGAAGCACGGAUCGAAGGACAUUCGUCAGCUGGCGCGAACUCUUAUAGAUUUGUGGAAAGACCUGGUGGAUGAGUGGUAUAGUGCUUCAAAGACUAUUGGAACUACUACUGUAAGGAAUGAAGGUGGAACUCCCGACUCCAUGAAUCCGUCUGUUGUUGAUGAAGAAGAAGGACUCCCUUCUCCUCCUAUGGACGAAGGGAUCUUCUUCGCAACUCAAGCUACUGGGAUGGAGCUUGGACAAUUUUUCGACGGAAUGGAUGAUGAUGGAAAUCCUCGGGAAAUGAACAAGAACCGUGGGAAUGGAAGAAGACCAUCAUCACAUGAUCCCAGGAGCAUGCCAAAGCCGAGGCCAACAAGUAAUAAUGUUGUAAAGGGCCAAGAAGCAGCAGCCACAUUGAAGCAGAAUAAGCCCUCAAGCAAUAAUUCCGGCCCAGGAAGACCUCCAAGGCAAAACCUUGAGCCAAAGUCGAAUACUACUAAUUCGGUGACAUUGCAGAGGAAAACUGAUAAGAUUGUUACUAGUCAGAGGAAGCCAUUGAGUGGCCAACAACAGCAACAAACCAGAUUGAAGUGCUCGGAUGAAGUAUCAGUCCAGAUGAAGCUGGAAGCCACAAAAAGGAAACUUCAGGAGAGCUACCAACAAGUUGAGAAUGCCAAGAGACAGCGGACGAUACAGGUGAUGGAGUUACACGAUCUCCCGAAGCAAGGGGGGAUGGCAGCCAAUCGAAAUCCGAACAUGAGACAUGGUGGGAAUGGCAACCGGAAUUGGGCUAAUGGACGACGUUGAGUUUUAACUCAAAUCACACUAUGUGAUAUAUACUACAUUCCUUUCUAACUUCUUUCCGAACCCGGAAAAGUUGGAAGAGAAGAAGAAUACCAAUAACUCGAAUCGUGCAUCAACAAAUAAGAGUACAUUCUUGAGGUUGUUGGUUUCCGAAAGAAAUGGAGCUCGCGAGCUGCAUCAGAUUUCGUCGGCUCUAAACGGUCCUGUCCUGUGUAUGUUAUUCAGAUUCUGGAGAGGAGCUGCCUGCCUACAUCCACAAACCUACAAUCAACAAUGGCAAAAGUGACAGAAAGAAACAAUCUUUUCACUUUUCUGUUGGAGGCUCUUUGCUUUUGUUGUUUAACCCAACAUUUCAUAGCUCUCACAAAGUUGACAGAAACCAUUGGGAGAGAACAAGUGUAGAUGAUGUAUUUGAAGUUGCACAAAGGGAAGAGCCCUCUUGUGAUUCAUGUCCUAUUGACAACCAAAUUCAGCAUUUGGCAAUUGUUUGGGAUACAUCUGCAUCUCAUUAUUAGGGUAAAGAGUUGGGUCUCAUUUGACAGACUGGUAAGUGGUAACUAAUAAAAUUGACAGGGAAAUCUUUGAUAAGGAUUGAUGGACUUUUGUGUGUGUGAUGUGCUAUUAUUGUUCAUGGUACUACUAUUUAAUCCUAGUCACUUUCAACUC